AGUUCAUCCAUUUUGGAUUCGAACAUGGCGUCGUCUGAUAUAAUAACAGAGGUAGAAAUACAUCCUGAUAUACAGGAAGUGGAAAUAGAAACAAUUCCUGUGGAAAUACCGUGUGAAACUGUAGAAACUACAAUAGAAAGUGUUGAUGGACAGCCUAUGAUAGCGUUGCAGCCGCUCCCUGAACCUGGACGUGAGGAAGUGAUACUUCAAACACAAGAAGAAAUUGUAGGCAGUGGCGAUCCAUUAUCUGUUUACGACCAGAUUCCUGUUCCUUCGGAAGGUGAUAUAUACGUCGAGUCUAGUCCAGGACCGUCAAGAAGAGGAUCUCGAAAGGGAAAAAGAGGUGUGAAGUUACGAGGAAAUGAACACAUCAUUGGUGAAAUAUCGGAGACAAAGUCCCGCAAGUGGGAACAAAAACAAGUUCAAAUUAAGACAUUGGAAGGAGAAUUUUCCGUGACAAUGUGGGCUUCGGGCACCGACGACGAUGAAGGCAGUAACCCAGAACCAGAUCCUGAUUAUGAAGAAUACAUGACUGGUAAAAGGAUACCACCAGAAGGUAUUCCUGGUCUGGAUUUGAGUGAUCCGAAGCAGCUAGCAGAGUUUGCUAGGCCUGGACACAAAAUGAAAACCAAGAAGCAGGUGAGUGAUGGAGUUGACAGGACAAUUGCUUGCCCUCACAAAGGCUGCACAAAAAUGUUUCGGGACAACUCUGCAAUGCGCAAACACCUACAUACUCAUGGUCCGAGAGUACAUGUGUGUGCAGAGUGUGGAAAAGCAUUUGUUGAGAGCUCCAAACUCAAGAGGCACCAGCUUGUCCAUACUGGGGAGAAACCAUUCCAGUGUACGUUUGAAGGUUGUGGUAAACGAUUCUCACUUGACUUCAACCUAAGGACACACGUGCGCAUCCACACUGGUGAUCGCCCCUACGUCUGUCCUUUUGAUGGUUGCAAUAAAAAGUUUGCACAGUCUACAAAUCUUAAAAGUCACAUUCUGACGCAUGCAAAAGCAAAGUCCCGCAAUGCCAUGAGCCGCUCUGUACCAACAAUCCAUGCACAACCAUUGCAGCCUCCACAAUUUGUUCAGGUGGAGGUUGCUGAUGUCGACAACUCGCAGUUCAUUGUGUAUGCUGAUUAACAUGGAAGCUUUACCUUCUGUGCAUGUUGUCUCUCUUGGAACAUAAGAUGCUACAGCAGCAUGCUGAAACUUCGGAUAGAGUGCUGGUGUUUUCGAAAGAGAAAGGAAUGUUAUACAUCUGUGACGGUGAAAGUCAGAAUUAUGUAAAUACCAGUAUUGCCAGUUUCUUGCACCAGAAAUAUCUGGGCAAUGUAGUUUGCUGAUGUGUGUUGACCAGGUGCGUAGAAUUGCAUUUCUUUUUCUGGUAAGGCCUUUGGUCUUCAGUAGAAAUGACAGAAGAAAAUAAGAAGCCAAUGGACAUGGAAUUGUGACAUUCCAACUGCCACUCUGCAAUACUGUUAGAAAGAACUUUUUUAGCAGUGCUGGAAUGUUGCUGUACAGAAUUUUAGGUCAGAACAUCCAGCUGCCCAAAACUUAACUCGUUGUUUUGAAUUGAUUCUGCAAUAAGUAUCAUGAGAACUAGAACACAUGGAAUGUUAACAAAUGAACUGUACAUACUUAAUAUCAUUUCAUGUGGUUUUCUAUUUAUGAUCUGUCAGGAUUUGGGAGUUAGCAGUCCGGCAUUAAAAAACAAUGCAUGUUGCGAGAUCUUUUCUUUUGGAUGUUUAUUGACCAAGUGUUGUGAAGUUGGUGAAUACGGCUAAUGACUGAGAGUAGUGCCUUUCGACUGUAAUACUGGUAAUUUUAUUGUAAGUUGAAAGGCACAUACAGAUACACCACACCAUCCUCGACAUAAUCUCCUUGUGAGUGCACGUGUAUGAGAAAAAUGUGAUAUUUUGAACUGAUCAUUAUCUGUUUCCAUUUGUCAGACAAAACUCAUUUAAAAUGCAAAUUAUAUUUUUUUUAGCACAGUAAGUCGGGAAACUCAUGUGAUUAAUUCAUACCUGUCUAUCAUGCCUUACUGACAAGUGACUGUAGCAGGCAGUUUGAAAAUGAACUAUGUGGUAGAAGGAUGUUUGUUUGUGCAAUAAACUGCACAAGUAAAAUAAGGUAUCUUAUGCAGGAAUACCAAAUGAGAAGAUAUUAUUUUUGGUUUCAUGUGAAGUAUUAGAUCUCGCUGUAAACAUGUUAAAGUUUAAAUAUGUUUCCUCCCUCUCUGUAAACUUGUGUACAAAAAUUUUACUUUUGUAUUGUGUAAAAUGUGCUAUGUAUACCAUUUAUGUCUCACAUUUUCAAUGAAAACUCGUACUCCAUUACCUUUUCAUAUGUGCUAAUUGCAUUGGAAUAAAGGACUUGAAGAAGCAGAA